AUGCAGUUCUCCCAGUUCCUCGCUAUCGCUACCUUCGCCGCUAUGGCCUACGCUGCCGCCCUGCCCGCUCCUGAGGCAGCUCCAGUCGCAGCCCCCAACGCCGAUGCGGAGGCGGACCCUGGCCUCUUCACCGCCCUUCUUCGCGAGGGCUCGCACUGCACCGAGGGUGACUGGCCUUGCGACAACUAG